AUGGGUGAAAAUUUUCUUAGAAGUCAAUGUCGUGAUCUUUUAAAGGAAGCACAAAGACUUGAUCACGUGAGUGGAAGAGAUCACGAGAUCACGACAAUAGCGGGGCUUUUAAGUCGAAAAUCGAAAAGCAAUGUUAUUCUUAUCGGGGAGCCCGGUGUCGGUAAAACUGCGAUUGUUGAAGGGCUAGCUCAAAGGAUCCUGAAAGGCGACGUACCAAAAAAUAUGAAGGAUGUACAGAUUUUCUCUUUGGAUAUUGGGGAGUUGUUGGGUGGUACUAAAUACCGAGGCGAGUUUGAGAAAAAGUUUCAAAAAAUCAUGACAGAAGUGCAAGCCUCUCGAGGAAAAGUGGUGUUGUUUAUAGAUGAAAUCCACCUAGCUCUUGGCGCCGGUAGGGUUGAAGGAUCAAAUGUCGAUGUAGCAAAUCUUCUAAAGCCGUAUCUUGCUAGAGGCGAUUCGAGGUUGAUCGGUGCCACUACAUCCGAUGAGUAUAUGAAGUAUGUCUCUAUAGAUGCAGCUUUUGCAAGGCGAUUUCAACAAGUUAUAGUUGAUGAACCUAGUAUCCCAGACACAAUAAACAUCCUCCGCGGGCUAAAAAAGGGAUAUGAAAUGCACCAUGAUGUGCGGAUCCUUGAUGCUGCUUUGGUUGCAGCUGUGCAGUAUUCCAAUAGAUACAUAACAGCACGAUAUCUGCCGGACAAGGCAAUAGAUCUUGUGGAUGAAGCGUGUUCGCAGAUAAAACUUCAAUUGGAUACCCCCCGGAUGAAAUAG